AUGGCUUUUGAUUACAUUGAGAACCUUGAUGGCCUGAAGUGGCUCCAAGUACUGAACUUGUCCUUCAACCAGAUCCAGAAGAUGGAGCACCUGGCCCACCUGACCCGUCUGAGGGAGCUAGACCUGAGUUGUAAUUGCAUCAUUAAAAUUGAGGGUAUUGAGACCCUGCUACACCUUCAAAUCCUCAACCUCUCCCACAACUUAAUAGAGACCAUACCAGCUUCGCUUGGCAAGAAGCUCAAAGCCAUGAGGGAGCUCCACAUGGAAGGCAAUAUGCUCUUUUCGCUCAGCGAUGUAGCUAGACUACGACCCCUGAAAGAUCUGGUGAGUCUGUCCAUUUCAAACAAUCCUCUGUGUGACCUUGCCCAUUACCGACUGUAUACAGUCUUUCAUCUUAGAACUGUAGGGCUUCUGGAUGGGCAGCCAGUCAUUGAGAAAGAGAGAGUGGAGGCAGAGGAUAGAUUUGCUCAAGAGGAGAUUGAAAACCUUGAGGUUCAGUUAGAAGCCAGAGAGAAGAGCUUCCAGGCUCUGGAAGCAGACCACACUACCACCUUGGAUGAGAAGAAGAAAACUGAAGGCAAGGCUCAAGAACUGAAAAAGAAGGCGAAGUUCAACCAGGAGAAGAUCAAAGAACUAGAAAAUGAACUCAAAGCUAAAGAUGAGCUGUUAAGGCGGAAGACUGCUGAACUGACAAAAGCCUGUGAGAAACAGUAUCGCCUGGAGCAGGAGCUAGCAUUCCAUAAGAUUGAUGCCAAAUUUGAACCCCUUCCUGAUAUGGCUUUCAUUGACCAGAUGGAUGGUGGUACACAGGAGAGUGCAUACAUUGGUCAAGCCAGUUUCAAGCGUAAUGAGUUUGCAUCUGAUCAGUACUUGACACCCAGAGGCCAGAAGUUGAGAUAUCACCUCACUCCCGGGAGUGUAGAGGUGGACCCUUCUAUGAAGAGACAACUCAAUCAGACCCUAGAUAUUACUCUCGCAGACAAAGAAAAACUGAUUCAAAUGGCUGAAGAACGUCUUGAGAAAUUACACAAGCAACUGGCUGAUGCUGAUGAUGAAAUCAUACUAGCAAACAACAAGUUACGGGAAGCAGAAAGCAGAAUGGAGAAAACCCCUUUUCUAGAUGAAGAAGAGCGGCAUCACCUUGAGGGGUUGUUGAUGGACCACCUUCAAGCAGUUACAGGGCUCAAAGACCGUGUGACUCAGCUAGAGGAAGGCAUGGCAACCACUCUAGAUAUCAUAGAAUCUAAGGAUAGAGAGAUGGCUGAUCUGAAGAGGCAGCUUGCACUCGUGGAGAAAGGGGACCCCAGACGUGCUGAACUUGAAGCUCAGCUGGCUGACAGGGAAUUGCAAGCAGCCCAGGUGGCUAAGGACUAUGCAAACAUUCAGCAUGACCUUGACAAUACAUUGGGUAGACUUACUGCAGAGAUGGAUAGAGUUAAAGGUCUAGAACAACAACUAGCAGAUGGGCAAGCGGAUCUUAACAAUGAGCUUCGUAGUGAGCUUGAGAACAUUGUUGGAGGCCUGACUAACUACCUGAACCAGGUCAAAGGUCAAGUGGUGGAACAGCAGAGGGAGAAUGCUAGACUGCAUCAGGAGAGAGAGGAGCUCCUUGUUAGACUGGCUGAGAGAAAAGAUGGGCAGAAGAAGAUAAAUGCACUUGAAAAGGUAUGUAAAUAUAUCAAAUUUACACCUUGCAAAUUAUUUAAUUGUAUUUUAUUUAAUUAUUUUAUUUUAUAG